AUAUCAUCAUCUUAGUCACUUCAUUAUGCCUGCAAUCAUGAUUCUUGGUUGCCUCACCCGCAUGCCCCUUCUCUCACUUCCCCUUCCACCCUCCCACUCUUUCUCUCUCAACCCACCUAUAAAAUCCUAUAUGCUCCCACUUCUCUCUCUCACCUGUAGUUCUUCAACCACCAUCAAAUUUAGCUACCCUUUCUCUGUCUUCUCUCCUUGUUCCCAUUUCUGUUUUCAAGUUUCUGUCUUUGGGUGUUUGUUGUUCUGUUUUGUCAAGGUUUAGAAAAUGGCUGUUUCAGGGUUUGAAGGGUUUGAGAAGCGCCUGGAGCUCCAUUUCUUUGGGGAUGAUCCGGUUACUGUUGACAAGAUGGGGCUUAGGCUGCUUGAUUUCGAAUCACUAGAGCAUGUUUUACAUGCUGUCCAAUGCACUGUUGUAUCAGCUGUUGGAAACCAUUUCUUUGAUGCUUACGUGUUAUCAGAAUCAAGCCUGUUUGUUUACCCCACCAAGAUCAUCAUCAAAACCUGUGGGACUACCCAACUCCUCAAAUCAAUCCGUCCAUUGAUUCACUUUGCAAACAAUCUUGGCCUCACAUUAUGCGGGUGUCGGUACACCAGGGGCAGCUUCAUUUUCCCCAAAUCACAACCUUUCCCUCACACCAACUUCAAAGAAGAAGUCAUUUACGUUGAAGAAAACCUCCCCAACAAUCUUUGCUAUAGAAAAGCCUCGGUUAUGCCUUCGAAACUCCCUUCUUAUUCAUGGCAUGUUUUCACAGCUAGUGAUCAAACUCAACUGCCUUACUUUGCCUUGAAACCCCAUUCCCCCGACGUGACCUUCACUGUUGAAGUUUGCAUGACAGAACUCGACCGCCUUCUCGCACGUAAGUUCUACAAAAAGGCUGGGGAUAGCAAAACAGGGGACUCAGCUGGAAAAGAAAUGACAGAGUUAACAGGAAUCGACAACAUCAACCCUGGAGCUUUCAUUUGUGACUUUGCAUUUGAUCCCUGUGGCUACUCCAUGAACGGCAUUGAUGGUGACCGUUACUCAACAGUUCAUGUCACUCCAGAAGAUGGCUACAGCUACGCUAGCUUCGAGUGUGUUGGGUCCAUUUACGAUGACCAAGAUGACAUUGUUGAAACCUUGAAGAAAGCUGUUCAAGUUUUCAAGCCAGCAACAGUUUCAGUUUCAACAACAAGCAAUAGCCAUGAAGUUUGGACAAGGGUAGCACAUGCCAUGGAACCACUAGGACUCAAAUGUCGGAGUUGUGCAAUGGAUGAGUUCCCUGCAGCUGGUACCAUUGUUUUCCAAACGUUCACGGCCGCUCGCCGGAAAUAACAUCGGAAAAAAAAACCCAAAAAGAAAGGUAGAUAAAAAAAAUGGGGGGAGGGUUUUAAAAACUUUAAAACAGUCAAGUAGAGAGGUUUAGUUGGGGAAAAUUUUUAAUUGGAAAAAAAAUCAAAGGGUUAAAAUAUAUGAUGAUGUGGAGUGAUUUGAUUGGUUGCAAAGGGUGUUGAAUGUGGGGUUGACUAUUAAAAAAAGAAAGGGGCUUUAGGAGGGAUGACGUGGCAGUACAGAAAGGUUGGGGUUGAAGAUGUGGGAAAUUGGAAUCACCAUGAUAAUGCACCCCACUUGGGAUUGUCACGCCUACAGAUUUUUGACGUUUAUAUGUAGUGGGGGAUAAAAAAAAGUUCUCAUGGUUUUGGAGGUUUAUAUGAAAACUUUCUCUUCUUUUCUUUUCUUUUCUUUUCUUUCCAUUCCCUCCCUUUGUCUUCUA